AUGCUGUCGGAUUACUCAACCGCUUGCCCGCCCAGUCAAGGAGGCGCUCAAUCGGCUGAAAAGCGUCAGUUUAAAGCGAUGCUUCGUCUGCUGUGGUUGGUGACUUGUGCAACGGUUCUAACCACCACCGUCGUCGACAUAGUCCAUUCUUCAACACACCGACGAUACUGCGGCAUGCAAAUCAUAGAGGCGUUGACCGCACUGUGCGGUGCUGUCAAGUCGUCAGAUCAGUUGAAGACCGGGUCAAUCAGCAACAGGUGCUGCCACGUAGGAUGUGACGCGAAUUAUCUACGCCGCUAUUGUGCUGAGGUGUUCUGA